CCACGGCUACCAACACUAUCUAUCCACUUGUCGCAACCUUCGUCAGUCCUGAACUCCACAAGCAGACUGCUUCUUCACCACUUCAUCACCGAGGCAUCCAAAAUCUCAAGCUCUGCCUAUAUUCGAGAUCAAAUAUGUCGAACCAUUUUGCCCAUGACCCACCAAUCCGAGUCGUUAUUGUACGCAACUAUGGCAUUCUCGUCUCUGCACCGCUACACAUUGCUGAACGAACUCCCGAACCGAUUUCUACCGGAAGACCUCGUCGCCAGCCUGAUCGCCUCUAGCAUGCGGUGUCUUCGUCGAGACCUUGAGAUACCGGGUUACCCCGUCCAGCCUCUCCUCCAUACCAUCCGGACGUUAUGCCAUUGCGAGAUAUUCUCCGGGCGGGCCAAUUCCUCGUGGAGAGUUCAUGUGAACGGAGCAGGGGCCAUGUUUGCUCAACUUGCAUCGAGGAGAGACCUAGAUGAAUCAGAGUACAGCUUCUGGCUCUGGUCCCGGUGGUUCUGGUCAAUACAGGCACUAUCGGCUGUUACCGACAUCGGUACCCUGUCUGCUCUAACCUCUUCGGAGUCGACGGCCCAAGAAUGCAACGAAAGUUACUUUUUCGACACGUACACCGGAUACUCCUCGGAUCUUAACCCGAUGCUAAUGGAGAUUGGCUCUAUGGUGCAUCAAGAGGCAUCUAGUGAGAGCGGUGAUGGUUUUGAUAUUCCGAUAGACGACUUUCAAAGACAGGAAAAAGCCAAUAUACUUGAAUGCUCGAUUAAGCGCAUGAUAGCUCGUGAUAAGGAUAGGGGGCUCAAACUUCCGGACCACGUUUCCCUGAGCCCAGAGACGACUCGCCAGUUUCAGGCUUCUAAUACUGCAUACCAAUACUCAAGUCUGUUACACCUUUACAAGCGAGUGAAAGGACUUCCCACGUUGAGUCCAGUGGUUCAAUGCUGCGUAAGAGCAAUUUUGGACUCUGUAUCUUCAAUUAUUCCCGUCACGACACUUUCUCCGUGGAUACUGCUUACCACCCCGAUUUAUACUGCAGGUGCUGACGACUCGAUUCUUAGCUGCGAGGCCAUGGGACAAGACAGGCAGCUGGUCAGAGAGCUUCUUCAAGAGCUUUACUUCAACCUUCACAUUCGCAACAUUCUUAGGGCAUUGGAAAUACUCGAGCAACGAUGGGAAGAUCUCGACAACUCCAGUAGUCUUCUUCUGGGUUCCCUCCGGAGUUGUAAGGCUGAAGUGGACAAGGCAGAGGGGCUUGACUUCAUACCAUACUGA